AUGAGUACCUCGGGUGACAAAGAAGUUGUUGAUAACAGCACUGAAAAACCAACUUCCCCUUAUGAGAAGCCAACACACUACCCGGUGAAGGGAGGACGCCUGAAGAGACCAAAAUCCUACAUUGUGUUUGCCUGGGUUUCCAUCGUGAUACGAAUGAUUCCCAGCCCAGAUUGGUUCGUGGGCGUAGACAGUCUUGACCUAUGCGAAGGUGACCAAUGGAAGGACAAGGUGACCAUUCAGCUGAACCCCAUCGACGCUGGGGUGGACAAGGGACUGACCUUUACCUCACCAGACUGGCCCAGCAAGGAGAAGAUUUCAGAGAUCACCAGCAAGAGCCCGAGCCACCCUGCAAGCCCAUUCUACUAUCCCAAGCUGAACAAGCUACCACGAAUUGGAACCUUGACGUUUGAGAAGGCUCCCAUCGACAUCUCAGAUGUUGAUAACCUUAGCGAUCUGCUUGAUGACAAUGACUACGUCGAGGAAGAGGGCACAUCCACGCCCAUAGAUUGCGAGGUAGCAGACUGGGGCAAAUGGGGCCCAUGCCAGGGCAAGUGUAAGACUGGCAGGAAGAUCAGGUACCGUGUCGUCGUGCAACCCGCCAUGAACGGAGGCGCUGAAUGCCCCACGCUGAGUGACGAGGCGUGAAGACCAGGACACUAGCAAGAUCAGAAAUCCAAGGUUUCUCUCAAUGUCGCCAACUUCCACGGACGCUAUAUACAGCUAGAAAUGCUACGUUCAGAGCUUGAGAUUUUAAUAAUAUGUUUAUCUACGUCUUGUCGCCAGAGGCCUUAUAACGAAGUAAGAAGUCAGUGACAUUUCUAUGUCCGUAAGGGCUCAGUUCUACAUUCAUUUUUAUGUCAGCAAGUGGUGUUUGGCUCAAAUCAUCAAACUGCUUGAUGUCUGUGUCUUGGUAUGCACCAUAUAUGCCUUUUUGGAGAGCUACAGAUAAAACUAGCAAAAAGUAAAAACAUUACACGUGUAAAUAAUACAGAGCAAAGAGUCAAUGAAUGUAACUUAAACAACUAUUUUUCUGUCGUUCGUUCUGCACUUAUUGGUAUGCAUAUGAUGUUAAAAACACGACGCGCCACGCAAUCCUGAUCAUUGGAAAUACAUAUAGGCUUAUUGCAGUUCUUUCAUGUUGACAGCAUGUUAUGUUAUCUAUGUAGUGUCAGGGAAUGCUUUCAUUAAAUCAUUUCAGAUAACUUUGGUGACUUUGGUA